CAUAGUCGAGAGACGAAACAACUUCAAAAGUGCUCAAUUAAAUUAAUAUCAAAAUGGCUCGUCUUAGUAUUUUUGCUGUUUGCUUGAUUUCGGCUUUUGUUUUCAACUUUGCUCAGUGCAAAGAAUCAAUUGAUUCAAAUAUUGAAGUUCAAUUUGUUCAAAGUUUGGCUGAUUUCUUGGCAAAAAAUCCAGGAGUUAAAUUGGAACCAUUGACCACAGAAGUGAAAUUGGAUGGACCAUCAACUAGAACACAAAUUGUACACAGACUAGGCAACCGUAUUUCAGGUGAUCGAAUUUUGGCAACUGAUUCGGCAAGCCAACAAUGGCAAAAACCACAUGAUAUCCGUCUCAAUUUGAACUAUCCACAAUCUGGAUAUGGAUCGGUUAUUACCUAUCUCGAAGUUAUUGUUGAACAGAGCUCAAGUUUGAGCAACGCAUACGUCGUUUCUGGAGGCAUUGGACAGAGACAAAUCUCAGUCGUUGUUGAAUCGAAAGACACUCUUUACUUCAAACACCGUGCAGCCAUCUACGGAUAUUGAUCCUCAUAAAAAGGAUGGAAUUCAUUUUUUUACAAUAUAAUUUUGAAUACAUUUUCAAUGUCAAUUGAACAAUAAUAAAGCUAUAAUUGACAAACAAA